CUCGAGUCCGAUUGACAAGAAAGGAAGGGUCAAAAACUUUUCCACCCAUCGAGAGAAUUAGAGAGGAAAAUGGCAUCCAUUUCCUUUCCUUCCUCUCGGAGCUGCUUCUGCGUUGUGAAUCCCAGUCCCUGUUCCACCAACCCUCCUCAUCUCUCGAAUCCUCCAACCAAUCCGACCGUUCAGCUCUGGGCACACCACCAUGUCAGAAGAAGAAGAGUGUCAGUGUCUGUGUCACCUCUUCCCUCUCCUCUUUCCACGUCGAGAGUUUAUCCAUAUCACUUCAAAAUCAACAAAAACAGGCUCAGCCAUGUCAAUUUCAGACUCAAUUCAGUUAAUUGCUUUAGCGAAAGAUCAUCAGAAUCUGAAACCCAAGUGGGUUCGUCGUAUCACCCCAAAAUCAGUAAAACGAAGCUCAACCAUGUCAAUUUCAGACCCCAUUUAGUCAAUUGCGUCAGUGAAAGAUCAGCAGAAUCUGAAACCCAAGUGGGUUCGUCGUCGGCCGGAGUCGAUGGCGUUGACACUGGGCUCGACGUGGAAUGUCUCGUGACGUCUUCUUCAUCCUCUGAAGCGGAUGAGCUGUUGAAGAGCUCGACAAUGGAGAUUACAGAGGAUUCGUCUUCAUUGAUGAUGGAAUUAUGGGAAUGGGCACUGCUGAUUUCGCCAUUCUUCUUCUGGGGAACGGCUAUGGUGGCCAUGAAGGAAGUGUUGCCCAAGACUGGUCCUUUCUUCAUAUCGGCAUUCCGGCUUAUACCGGCCGGUUUUCUAUUGGUUGCCUUCGCUGCCUCACGAGGUCGGAAUUUCCCUUCUGGACUCACUGCUUGGCUCUCCAUCUCUCUCUUUGCACUCGUUGAUGCUACAUGUUUUCAGGGUUUUCUUGCAGAAGGAUUAGAAAGGACAUCAGCAGGUCUGGGCAGUGUUAUAAUUGAUUCACAGCCGUUGACCGUGGCUGUACUUGCUGCAUUGUUAUUUGGUGAAUCUAUUGGGUUGGUUGGAGCUGCUGGGUUAGUUCUUGGUGUCAUAGGUCUUUUACUUCUUGAGGUACCUGCACUUGCUUUUGAUGAGAGUAACUUUUCAUUGUGGGGAAGCGGGGAGUGGUGGAUGCUUCUUGCAGCGCAAAGCAUGGCAGUUGGUACUGUCAUGGUCCGCUGGGUUUCCAAGUACUCUGAUCCUGUCAUGGCUACUGGAUGGCACAUGGUUAUUGGUGGUCUCCCUCUUGUAGCGGUCUCCAUCCUUAAUAAUGAUCCUGCCCUGAGUGGGAGUUUGAAGGAGCUUACAACAAGUGAUCUUCUGGCGCUUCUGUAUACCUCCAUUUUUGGAAGUGCCGUCAGCUAUGGUGUAUUCUUCUACAAUGCUACAAGAGGUAGUCUUACAAAGCUCAGCUCCCUCACCUUUCUAACUCCAAUGUUUGCUUCAAUUUUUGGGUUCCUCUAUCUUGGUGAGACCUUUUCACCUGUGCAACUAGUUGGAGCAUUUGUUACUGUGGGUGCAAUAUACAUGGUCAAUUACAAAGGUAACGAAUGAGGUGUGUAGAAAAUGGGUGCAGUUACUGUGGGUGCAAUAUACAUGGUCAAUUACAAAGGUAACGAAUGAGGCGUGUUGAAAAUGGGUGCAACUAAUUGUAAACAGAGAAAGUAAGAAGAUGUCAGGUUGGCUCGUCUUCCAGUCGCUAAUAUGUAGCUGCCAUCAUCGUCUAGUCUCUUAUCUUGGCACACCAGUCAUCAAGGCCUAAAUUUGAUGCAGGGGACCAGCUUCUUUUCAUGGGAACAUUUUGUUUUAGAUGAAGGUAAAAGGAGCAUCUAUUCUUUAAUAUUUGUCUGUAAAUAUUGUAAAUGUGUCGAGGCCUAUAUAGCAUGGUAUGUAUUAUUGACAUGACAAUGUGUUUAUCGAACAAAACAUGAAAUUAAUAGCGUAUAUACUUCACAGA